CCUCCACUAACGAACAUGUUUUCCCCGCAAGACGUCGACAACACACCGAUAAUACCACCGACCAAGCACUGCACUUUACAUUUCAGCUGUAUGACACUAUGCCAAGUACUUCAUUGUAUGGCCAAUCCAUUUUUGAAGGCUCGAAGGCUUUAUCUCUUUGUCUUAGCUCAACGAAGUCUUUGUUAAUGAUGUCUUUCUUGUUUUCUUUACUCCUAUUUAGUAAUCUCUCUUCUCUAGCCUCCCUCCCCAUGUCGCAGAAACCCCACCGUGACGAGGGUUCUUACGUUAAUAUCCAUCUUAAGUCCACCUUUGUUCCUCUUAGACGCUAUUAAAUUUUUCUUACCUGUGCUUUAACAUGUUUUCCGCAUUAUUGUUACUUACAACGAG